CUGGUUGUGUGAAAUGAAUAGAUUCAAGGAGUGAACAACGGUGGACGGUAAGUAGAUGCCAUUGUCCCCAGCAGCCUCUGGAACAGUCGUGAAAGAUGAAUGACUCCGAGGAAGACAGAGUACAGCAAAUGGGCUCCCUGGAUGAGGAACACCUGAUAACCAGUGGCACCAGAUACUCCCUCAAAGGCUUCAGAUUUCAAUCACCCUACAUCCUCAAGAAAGCUGCAGGACAUCUGUGCCAUGGUCUUGUCCCCUUCGUGCUACAGCUGUUCUGCAUCACACUAUCUGCUAUUCUUCUGCUGGCUAUCCUUGUCAAAGUCUCUAAUGUUGCCUACACCCAGGGACAAGAACAGGCAAAGAAGGAGAAGGUAUACCAGGAAAUGGCCCAGCUGAAGCCUCAAAUAAACCGCCUGUGCCGCCCCUGCCCUUGGGACUGGACGUUCUUCCAAGGAAACUGUUACUUCUUCUCCAAGUUCCAGCAGAACUGGAAUGACUCUGUCACUGCCUGCAGAAAACUGGAUGCCCAACUAGUGGUCAUCAAAAGUGAUGAUGAACAGAGCUUCCUGCAACAGACUUCUAAAGAGAAAGGCUAUGCCUGGAUGGGCCUGUCAGACCUGAAGCAUGAAGGCAUAUGGCACUGGGUAGAUGGCUCACAUCUGUGGUUCAGUUUCAUGAAAUAUUGGAAUGAAGGAGAGCCCAACAAUGAAUUCGAAGAAGACUGUGCAGAAUUCAGAGGCGAUGGCUGGAAUGAUGCCCCCUGUACGGCUAAGAAAUACUGGAUCUGCAAAAAGUCUGCUAUGUCCUGCACUGAAAAAUGAUAUGUCAUCUAUCUGUAACACCUGUUGCCAAAAUGAUCCUGCAGGGUGACUGAACUUAACCUACAGUCUAUCUGUGACAGUUCCUUCCUCUGUGAACAUGAAGAUCUGAACUGCAGCUGUUUCCUGAUUUGUCCUCUCUCUCUCUCUCCCUCUCCCUCUCUCUCUCUCCCUCUUUCUCUCUCUCUCUCCCCCUCCCUCUGUCUCUCUCUGUCUGUCUGUCUCUG